CUUAUUACGAAAUUCCGAUGAUUUAGCUAAAACAAUGAAUAUUCUAUGGAAAAGUUCACCGAAAUCGUUGCUAUUCAACCCGUGUAACAUCCGAUCACUGAUAGUGACCUGCAGCAUUCGUCGACCAUGCAGCAGCAGCAGCUGUAAUCCGGAACCAAGCGACUCCGUCCGAGUGCGUUUCGCUCCCAGUCCAACCGGAUUCAUGCACUUGGGAGGGCUGCGAACUGCUUUGUUUAAUUACCUGUUUGCGAAAUCGCGUGGAGGGAAGUUUGUGUUGCGCAUUGAGGAUACGGAUCAAGAACGACUGGUUGAUGGUGCUACGGAACGUCUAUAUCAAGAUUUGAAAUGGGCUGGAAUAGUACCGGAUGAGAGUCCAUGGAAUGAAGGUCCUUACGGGCCAUACGUUCAAAGCCAACGGUACGACAUCUACAAACAGGAGGUCAGAAAGUUGAUGGAAGAUGGUCGGGCUUAUUAUUGUUUCUGUUCGGAACGGCGGUUGGAAUUGCUAAGGAAGGAAGCGGUUCGGUUGCGACAAGUUCCAAAGUAUGAUAACAAGUGUAGGCACUUGACACCGGGGCAGGUCGCCGAGCGGCUGGCCAAGAACGAUAAGUUCUGCAUUCGGUUCAAGCUGAAUUCGAAAGCGGAUGAGUUUCAGGACAUGAUCUAUGGGAAGAUCGUUUACUUCUUAGCGCAAAACGAGGGUGACCCAGUUAUUAUCAAAUCGGAUGGUUUUCCGACGUAUCAUUUUGCCAAUGUGGUCGAUGAUCAUUACAUGAAGAUAACCCACGUGUUACGGGGAGUGGAAUGGCAGAUAUCGACUCCGAAGCACAUACAAAUGUUCCACGCGUUUGGAUGGAAGCCUCCACAGUAUGCUCAUCUUCCAUUGGUGAUGAAUCCAAAUGGAUCAAAGCUCAGUAAACGACAAGGUGACGUACAGCUGGAUCACUACCGAAGGAUGGGAAUCUUUCCUCAAGCACUGCUCAACUUUAUAACGCAAAGUGGUGGUGGCUUCGAAAGGGAACUAGUUGACGUCAUUGGACCUCAGAUGCACGAUCUGAUCAAGCAUUUUGAUUUGAAAAAAAUUAACGCACACUCUAGUCGAUUGAAUCCGGAUUUACUGAAACAGUGCAAUCGGGAAGAGAUCGAGUACCAACUGCGGCACUCACCGGAGAAAGCUGAUGCCCUGGUGAAGGAGGUUAUAGGAAUGGUCCGGGCCGAAUUUGCUGACAAUCUGAAAGGACUGGAUCUAGACGAAACACACGUGCGAGAGGUCCUGGAGUGGUCCGUCAAGAGAAUCGAUGCCCUGCAAGAUCUGGUCAAAGGGAAGCUUUCCUUCCUGUGGGUUUUACCGAAGGGUACCAAGGAUAAAACUAUCGAUAGCGAUAUCCUAAAAGUGUUGGCGAACAACCUUGCUUCCGAAGAGGAGACCGCAUUCACCAAAGCCGAACUAGGUACGUUCCUGAAAGCAUUUGCCGAACGCAACCACCUUGCAUUUGAGCAGCUGAUGAAGUCUCUGCGGAAUUGCCUCAGUGGCCUUAAGGAAGGGCCUGGAGUCGCCGAAAUGAUGGAAAUACUGGGCCGCGAUAAGACAAUAGAACGCAUCUUGCUGGCUGCCAAGAGGAAAUAGACUUGUACUUUUGCAAUCGCAAAUGGACUCUUUAUUAAUUCUCUAAGACUUGUUGGACGAAAAUUAUACAUUAUUUUCUGGUCUGGAUUAAGACAAAUAUGUGUUGAGUACUUGCUGUAUAGUUAGUUAUAAUAAUAAAGGUAAACUUAAGCUACCAUUGCUAGUUCAAAU